AUGCAGCUGUGCCGGGCCCGCGCGUUGGGCAUCUCCGUGGCGGUGGCGCACGGGGUUUUCUCCGGCUCGCUCAACAUCCUGCUGAAGUUUCUCCUCAACCGUUACCACUUCACCUUUCUGACGGUGCUGCAGUGCCUGACCAGCUCCACGGCGGCGCUCAGCCUGGAGGUGCUGCGGCGGCGGGGCACCGUAGAAAUGCCGCCCUUCAGCUUCAGCUUGGGGCGCACUUUCGCGGGGGCCACGCUCCUCUCCACGCUGCAGUCCAGCCUCACCCUCUGGUCCCUGCGCGGGCUCAGCCUGCCCAUGUACGUGGUCUUCAAGCGCUGCCUGCCCCUCGUUACCCUCCUCAUCGGCGUCCUGGUGCUCAAGAACGGCGUCCCCUCCCUCGGGGUGUCGGUGGCCGUCCUUAUCACCACCUGCGGGGCUGCUCUGGCAGGUGCAGGUGACCUGACUGGUGAUCCCAUUGGGUAUGUGACUGGAGCUCUGGCUGUGUUGGUACAUGCAGGAUAUUUGGUUGUGAUUCAAAAGAUGAGUUCAGAUAGUGACUAUGGGCCUCUGACAGCCCAAUACGCCAUUGCCGUUUCAGCCACACCUUUUCUCAUCCUAUUCGCCUUUGUCAGCAUGGAAGCCAUCAAUAUCUGGUCGUUCCCAGAAUGGAAAGAUCCCCUCAUGACAUUCAUAUUUUUUGCCUGUGUCUUAUUGGGCUGUGCCAUGAAUUUUACAACCCUUCAUUGCACUUACAUUAACUCAGCUGUAACCACUAGUUUUGUUGGUGUUGUGAAGAGCAUUGCAACGAUCACCGUUGGUAUGGUGGCGUUCAAUGAUGUGGAACCCACAAAGCUGUUCAUAGCAGGCGUGGUAGUAAACACUGUAGGAUCCAUCACGUAUUGUGUGGUGAAGUUUAUUGAGACAAGGAAACAGAGCAAUUAUGAAGAUCUGGAAGAGGAACUUAGAGAAGAAGAGAAGAAAGACUACGAGGGAGGUCAACCACCCUUUUCAAUGGAGGAGAUGCCUAAGGAGACAGAAUCUGGAGAGCCCAUAAUGGAGGAGUCAGCAGAUGAAAGCAAACAGCACAGCACAGAUGAGAUGGGCAGCACUGCAGAAGAAGGAAAUGCUACUGUUGUUCCAGUAGAGGGUAGUACUGAAGAACUUAACAGAAACUCACUAAAGAAUGCCUAUCUUGGAAUAUGGAGGUUAAUUAGGGGAGCCAAUUAUGCAAAGAAAGAUUAUCUAGUAGAAAAUGAAGAGUUACCAAGUCCUUGA